ACAACAAUGAUAAAUAAAAAUGAAAAUGUAAACAAAGAACAGUUCUUCAUUUCCAUUUCUAAAACUCCACAGGGAGCCGCUGGAGAGGAGCUGAAGAGACGCAGGUUGCAGACACCUGAUCUAACCUAACGAGCAGAGCUACGCAGCCAGAGAUGCAGGCUGUUCUUUUUUAAACUCCAUGUUGUAUAAUUAUUUGUUCCUCUUGUUCAAUCAUUGCUCAGUUGUGGCUCCCCAGAAAGCUAAAACUUUGCUUCCACUUCAGCUCAUUCUGGAGGUGACUGAGUGAUAAAUCUUGCUGAGGGGUCACAUAUUUUGCUUCUGUCUCCGUUUGUAAUAAAACAGCUUUUGUAAGAUAGGGAACGUUAUGUUUUGUUUUUACGCCCUGCUUUGUGACAUGCUGUUUUUGUUUUUGUAUCAUUUAUUGUUAGUUUUAGAAGUUUGUUGCAUCAUUAGACUUGGAAAGUUAAGACAGACUGGUGACACACAGGAGGAAGGACAUUAACUCUAUAUAUUGGGCUGUGGGCGGCGUGUUACUGCCUCCGUUCUACCACUUCCUGCCACUUUAUAUGUUCAUUAUUGUUUGUUUGUUUGUGUUUUGGGCCCCAGAGGAAGAACUUACUGUAUUUGUGUAUUGCUGCUACUAUCGACAUGACACGUCUGGGCUGUUCUUGUUGCAAUGAUAAAUAUUAGUUUACUAAACCCUCAACGAGAGCUUUGGGCAUAUUUUCAGAUAUCUAUAUUUGGAUUGAAUAGUGUUACGUGCAGUUGUAAGUUGUUUUUUUUUUUCACGGAGAGUAUAAAACAGCAGGAGAACGGAGGAGAAGUUGCCCAGUGCCGAUCUGCACGAUCUCCGAGUAUGUGUGUUCCGUGGUUGACGGGUGUGCUUUAAACUUUGCAAUGUUCAAGGUUGUAUUGUUCGCUGUCUCUGUGGAGCAGUAGCUUUAAGUUGAGUGUUUUAUUAUUGGUUACUUCCAUAUCUUUUUAGUUGUGUACUUACCUCCCGCUUUCGGUUAGAGAGCAGUUUUCAUUUGGUGUUUGUACUUUUUUUUUAUCAUAUUUUUUGAUAAUAAAUUGAAUGAUUAUUUUUCACACAAUCUUGUUGCCAGGCCUCUCAUUUCCGGGUUUACAAAUUUAUUUUUGUUACUCCCUCCAUCCCCUGGACCUUAAACGGAGGGGAUCGUAACAAAUGGGGAGCUCGUCCGGGAAAGACAACAGACUUUGUGAAUAACCACAUGGAAUUCAAAACAUUUCUUCAAGCUCUCGCCACUUUUCAUUCCACAGUGACGCAGAUUGAGAUGCACUUACAACCUUCCUUUUUGUCCCCCUGUCAUCUGAGGAGAUUAGCUUUGAGUAAUUUGUGAAAUGUGAUAAGGUAGUGGCUGGUGCAAUUAAGAAAGCAUGGCAUAAGCUGGGAUUUGCUGUGUUAUAUAUAAAGUCGGUGGUGAAUGCAGAGCUGCUGCUCCUUCACAGAAUGGGCCAGGCUGCGACCCUGCCUCGUAGGAGAGGCGGCUCUUAUGUGACUGAGCUGUACGAAUGGUUCAGAAAGUUCAUUAAUGAAUGUCCAAGUGGGCUGAUCACUCUUCAUGAGUUUCAAAGGCAUUUCUGCGAUGGAACGGUGGGCAGCGAGUCAGCCGAGUACGCACAACAGAUAUUCCGCACAUUGGACAACAACGGGGACGGGGUGGUGGAUUUCAGGGAGUACGUCAUGGCCAUCAGCAUGCUCAUUGAAGGGUCAGCUGUGGAGAAGCUGCGGUGGUCCUUUAAGCUCUACGACAAAGAUAGAGACGGAUCCAUUACGAGGGAGGAGAUGCUGGAGAUCAUGCAGGCUGUGUAUAAGAUGAAUGUAGCAGCUGCUCUAACAGAACCCAACCCACUCACAGCUGAAGAAUGUACCAACGGGAUAUUUGUGCGACUAGAUAAAGACAAUAACGCCAUCAUCAGUCUGGAGGAGUUCAUCGAGGGAGCGCUGGAUGAUGAUUGGAUCAGGAAGAUGCUGGAAUGUGACCCGACCACUGUGGAGGUGGAGAGGCCCCCGAGGAGGGACGCCGCUUUGGGGGCACACGGUUGACCUGCAGCGGGGUAUUCCAUUCACCGGGAGCGGUCGACGUUUGGACGGAAAUUUUCCAGGAAUCGUUCCGUUCCCCUUUAAUUGUUUUAUUAAGUUGUCACAAUAUGAAAAGCAUUCAUUCUUGCCUUGUUGUAUUUUGGAUCAAUGCUUUGUUUUGUUCUUUAGUUGGUGUUUUAUUUGCUGCAUCUCAUUUCUGUUUUCCUCCUUAUAAAAUAAAUCAUGGCAA